AUGGAGAGUUACGGUCAGACAACGGCAAUGGAAGAGCCACAGCACGAUCCGGCUGAGGAUUGGAGCUCGCCGGGGGCCGAAACCGGGCUCGAAGAGCCUAUGUGGCAGCUGGGAUUGGGGGGUGGUGACCAGGAGGAGGAGGGGGAGGAAUCUUACCCGGAGCGGCCCGAAGCUGCCGAUUGCGCACACUAUUUGCGGACCGGGUUUGCGGGUUCGGGUCUCGCUGUCGGUACAACCAUCCCCGGGAUCGUAGUACGUUCUAUUGGAUUUGUUAGAUUGUGGAGUUUUGGGAUUGCUAUAGAUAGAAAAUCAGUCUUCAUAGUCAUAGAAGCUGUGAGAGCUGGAGGGGAAGAGUUGCCAGAGAGAGCGGGCCAGCCUGUGUGCCAGUAUUACAUGAGGACUGGAACUUGUAAAUAUGGUGCAUCUUGCAAGUAUCACCAUCCAGGGCAGGGAAGUGGAGCUGUUACUCCCACGCCAUUAAAUAUUUGUGGAUACCCAAUACGCCCGGGUGAAAAAGAGUGUUCAUACUACAUGAAAACAGGACGUUGCAAGUUUGGUCCAACUUUAGCCUCCCCUAGUACUCCGUCCACUGUUGGAGCAGCUCCUAUUUAUGGGUUAACACAGUUGUCUCCUUCCACGCCUACAUAUACAGGAGCUUAUUUACCACUGCCUACUAUACCUGAUUCUUCAAGCAGUAGCCUCAAGGAACAAAAGUUCCCAGAAAGACCUGGCCAACCUGAAUGCCAAUAUUACAUGAAAACUGGAGAUUGUAAAUUUGGGUCAUCCUGUAAAUAUCAUCAUCCACGAGAAUGGAGUACAGCAUACUUGAAUUAUUUCCUUAGUCCAAUGGGUCUUCCCAUACGUCCGCUUAUUUGCCUCUCAUGA